CUCUACUAUAGCGGCAAGUUGUGCAAGUUCUUCUCGUUUAAAAGACAUGUAUGGCUUCUGUACGCUAAUAUUUACACUGUAGUGAUUAUUUAUUUACGUUGUGUUUAGUUUUUAUGUAGUUUAGUGCAAAUAUAAUAAUGUUAUCAUCAAGUGCAGUGACAAGUGUACAAGCGGCACAAAAUAGCAACAAACACAGAUCAAACAGUAACGAAACGUUGCCGUUGUUAAACAUUAAUAAAACACCGCCCUUGGCUACUAUAGAAUCCGUGAAUUUGGACGAAGAAGAAAAAGAAAAUAGAGAAGAAUUAGAUGAUAGAGAAACUGUAACAAAGCCAUAUCCAGGCGUUGAUGACGGAUUUUUUGCCACUGAAGAUACGGACGUUGACCCUGCCUCUCCAAAACCUGAUUUAGAUGACAUCGAUGGUCAUAUACCUCACCCAGAAAAACCCCAUUACCCCCUGUUUCCGUACGCCCCUGGUUACGGACAUGACGUUGAAGGGAGCAUUCCGGAUUUGGAAACCAUUCCAGACGUGAAUGUUUAUCAGCACAAAAAAACUUUGGCACAAGGGAUGAUGGACUUGGCCCUUUUUUCCGCUAACGCCAAUCAGCUGAGAUAUGUUUUGGAGAGCUACAACAGGCAUCCAUAUUUUUACCCCAGUAUUGUUUUGAUUAGUAUCAGCCUUUUUUUACAGGUGGCUGUAGGCAUAGGUCUAAUCUGGAACUCUAGAUACAACGUGAAGAACCAAAUAGAAAUUUGUGUGGCAAAUAGAAUCAACAAUUUCACUGUAAUGGGAAUAUUUUUAAUAACAAUUGUAAAUGUUUUUGUGUCUGCAUUCGGCGUGGCAAAUGUAGAAUGAUUUUUAAACUUUAUAAAAACUUAAAAUUGUUGUGCAAUAAUAAUUUUUAAAACUUAAGUCCUGUGAAAUAUUUUU